AUGGGGCAGAGGGCGUCCACAACGCCGGUCCAGCAAGCCAGAGACACCUCGUGGGACUACCGAUACGUGUGGCACAUCGUCGCGUACUCCCUGGUGCUGUAUCCGGUGGGGCUGUACGGUGGAUACCUGUUCCUGGUGGCAGCGAAAUGGCAAACGGAUAUUUUUACCUUGCUCUUGUAUAUGGCAUCGAUUCUGGGAACCACAGCGGGUGCCCACAGGCUCUGGAGUCACCGCUCCUACAAAGCUAAAUGGCCUCUACAACUCAUCCUCAUGAUUUUCCAGACUAUUGCACUUCAGUACUCGGCGAUAAACUGGGCCCGCGACCACCGCAUGCACCACAAAUACGUGGACACAGACGCGGACCCGCACAACGCUACCCGCGGGCUCUUCUUCUCCCACCUCGGCUGGCUCAUGGUGGACAAGCACCCGGAGUUCGAGCGCAAGAUCGCCGCGCUCGACGUCUCGGACCUCGAAGCUAACCCCAUACUGCGCUUCCAGCAAAAAUAUUACGUCAUCCUCGCAACGAUUAGCAUCGUCCUACCCAUCGUUGUCCCGGUUUACUUCUGGGACGAGACUUGGACAAACGCUUUCUUCGUGACGAUGUGGUUCCACCACUUUUGCACAUACAACGCUAUUGCCCUAGUCAACUCUGCCCUCCAUAAGUGGGGGUAUAAGCCCUACGACAAACACAUGCUUGCAACAGAUACGUCUAAAGUUUGUCUAGUUCUGCUAGGGGAAAGCUUUCAUAAUUACCACCACGCUUUUCCCUGGGAUUACAAAGCCGCGGAAUUCGGCGGCCCUAUGUUUAAUUUCAGUAGUAUGUUUAUAGAAUUCUUUGCGAAGAUUGGCUGGGCCUACGACUUAAAGACAGUCUCGAAUGACGUCAUUCAGAAGCGAGUCACCCGAACGGGAGACGGUUCCCACCAUAUAUGGGGGUGGGGCGACAAAGACCUGCUUAAAGAAGAUGUCGAUGCAGCGAUUAGAAUUAACCCUAAAGAUGAAUAAAUAAAAUUAAUAUUCUGAUAAUGACAAAAUAACUGGCUUCUGUAGAGGAAGCUGGUUAAUGAUUGGUUAUGUAGAAAUGUCUUUUUAACCCCCGACGCAAAAACGACGGGGUGUUAUAAGUUUGACGUGUCUGUCUGUCUGUCUCUGUGUGUGUGUGUGUGUGUGUCUGUCUGUGGCAUCUUAGCUCCCGAACGGGUGAACAGAU